AUACCAAUCUCUCUCUUCCCUCUCAAGGUUCUCUUUGUCCCUUAUCGGCUCACGUUCUCACUUUCUCGCCGCAGAGAGAAGAUUUUCCCCAGCCAGAGAAACCGAGAGAAAAUCCGACAAAAUUCACGAAGCUGUUUGGGCAGACAAAGGAAGGAAGCGAAGAAGAUUAUAGACCUUACAUACAUAGAAGUCUUCAUGGCGUUGGCAGUCUUUCUUCCAUCGAUCUGAUCCUGGAACCCUAGAACUGCAUCGCUCCUCCCUCUUUCAGGCCUGCGCGGGUCUGCCUUAUCAAUUAUUGUGGUGUUCGAACCUGAGAAUUUCGGUUUUUGAGCUCCUUUCGUCUCAGCUUCUCGUGUACGCGAACCCUAGAUUCGGUGCUUGGCUGCCCCUUGUGUUUCUGGUUCGAUCUAGGUUGUGGCUGCGCUGUUUCGGUGCUGCGCGCUACAUAACAGUGUUGUGAGGGGUUUUGCUCAUGCGGGUUGGUUUUCAUGCCGCCAGAGCCUGUACCGUGGGAUCGGAAGGACUUCUUCAAGGAAAGGAAGCACGAGAGGCCCGAGUCAUUAGGCUCCGCCUCUCGGUGGAGGGACUCCCCUUCCCAUCACGGAUCGCGCGAUUUUGCACGAUGGGGAUCGGGAGACUUUCGCAGAGCUCCUGGCCAUGGUAAGCUGGGUGGUUGGCACGUAUUUUCUGAGGAAAAUGGUCUUGGAUAUUCGCCCUCGCGGUCUGGUGGCAAGAUACCGGAAGAUGACUGGCCAUCCAUUUCGCGUGGAGAUGGGAAAUAUGGAAGGAACAGUCGUGAGAAUAGAGGGUCUUUUACUUCCAGAGAAUGGAAAGGUCAUACUGGGGAAACGAGCAAUGGGCCCUUGAAUGCACCUUCGAGGCUGAUUGAUGUCGAUAAUGGUGAUCAGAGGUCUGUUGAUAAUGUGCCUCAUUCCGACAUUGUGAACUCAUGGGAUCAGCUUCACUUGAAAGAACGACAUGAUAAUAAGAUAGCCCUUGCCAAUGGGUUGAGCACUGGCCAGAGAUCUGAGAGAGAGAACUCACUGGAUUGGAAAUCUCUUAAAUGGACCCGUUCUGGUAGUUUGUCUUCACGGGGCUCUGGUUUCAGCCAUUCAAGCAGCUCAAAGAGCCUAGGUGGUGCGGACUUCAAUGAAGGAAAGACUGAAUUGCUGCCUAAGAAUGCUUCUCCUGUCCAAUCACCUUCACUUGAUGGUGCUGCCUGUGUAACAUCUUCGGCGCCCUUUGAAGAUACAACUUCUAGAAAGAAGCCACGUCUUGGAUGGGGUGAGGGACUUGCAAAGUAUGAGAAGAAGAAAGUUGAGGGCCCUGAUGUUUGUGUUAAUAAAGAGGGAACUGUUGUAUGUGCUAUUAAUAUAGAUUCCAACCAUUCUCCGAGCUCUAACUUGGCUGACAAGAGCCCUAAAGUCAUGGGCUUUUCAGAUUGUGCAUCUCCUGCUACUCCGUCAUCGGUUGCUUGUAGUUCCUCUCCAGUUCUAAUGUUGCUAUCCUUUGGAUGCCUAAAUACUGCUAUACUUGUUGCUAUUGCCUUUAGUGGCUUUUUUUGCUUGUUGAUUAUAAAUCUGGAUUUUGAAAAUGAAGAUUUUGCUAUAUUUGGUUUUGACAAUGAAGAUUGUUAUACUGCCAACGAUGAUUAUAUUUCUUAUUUGUUUAUUUAUUUUAAGAGAGACGAUAUUGGUAAUAUCUUCCGGAGAGGGUAUAAUGAUUCUAAAGCACCUCAGGUUGAUGAUGUCUUGGUGGAAAGGCUGGGCAAUUCUGAUAUUCAGGAGAAUGAAAGAGAAACUGUUGCUGCUGAUGUGUUAGCACACAUUUGCAGUUCCUUGUCCUCAGAGGCAAUGAGUUUUUGCUUAACUAGUUCUGCUGACCAUGUGGAGGGCUAUCAAGAGCGGAGGUAUCAGAAUAUGAAUUCUGUCGUAAAAGGGCCUUCAACAUCUGGUUUGACACAGUAUGUUGACGAUGAGACUUGCUCGGAUGACAGUAGUGGAGAAAUGGAUCCAGCUGAUUGGACAGAUGGGGAGAAAUCUAUCUUUAUACAGGCCGUGUCAUCCUAUGGUAAGGAUUUCGCGAUGAUUGCUCAAUGUGUUCGAACUAGGUCUAUGGAUCAGUGCAAGGUCUUCUAUAGCAAGGCUCGGAAGUGCCUUGGACUGGAUCUGCUUCAUCCUGAACCCCGCAAUAUGGGAACACCAGCAAGUGAUGAUGCGAAUGGAGGUGGUGGUGAUGCAGAAGAUGCUUCUAUUUUGGAGACAGGUUCAACCAUUUGCAGUGAUAAGAUGGGCUCUAAGAUGGGUGAGGACUUGCCAUUGUCUGUCAUGAAUUUAAAACAGGAUGAAUCCAAUCCUAUGAAGUACAUGGAUUUGGAAACUGACCUGAACAGAUCAGAAGGAAACGGUUGGAUGGGACCUCUUGAAUCUAGCAAUUGCAAGACAGUUAAAACAUUGGUGCCUGAUAUGUGCCAGACAGAGGUUAGGACUGAGCAAGUUUCUGAAUUUGACCAAAAAUCAUCAGUUGAAUCAGCCACUACCGAAGCUAGAAAAGAUGAAGUGACUGAACGGGGCUUUGCAACCGUCUCAAUUUCAGUUGGAGAGGCAGUUGACCUAGGUGCAUCUGGUUCAAAUGCUAUGGUUGAGAGAGAGGCUGGUGGCGAGGCUUCUAGUCAAAAUAGUUUUGAGAGAGAAGUUUUAUUGCCAAGCCUGAGUGAUAAACUGGAUAGAACGCACUGUGCUGACCCAAGGAGCCAUGGUGGCCCAAUUCAAGAUCCAAAUACUAGUGGAAAUGCUCUUCAACCGUCUGUAGGUACUAGUUCUUGUUCAGGAUCAAGGCCAAUCCCUGAAAACGAGCAACAGGUUUUGCCUAAGUUGGAUAGCCUGGGAAAACCUCCCAUCAUAUUCAUUCCUAGGGAGCAUUGUGUUUCUACUUCUAUUUCUGUUGCACAAGAUUCAGCUUUCAUUCAAAGUGAUAUUGUCCAGGAUAGGUUGUCAUCGACUCUUGAUGUUCCGGCUAGUGCAGAUAAGCAAGAUCAUAAAUCCGUUGGCCAGGGUGACUGUCAACAACAUUUGUCUCUGCAUCCUUCAUUGAACCAUGUUGAAUCCCCCCAGAUUAUCACUGGUUAUCCUUUGCAAAUUCCAACUAAGGAGAUGAACAGUGAUUCAAGUUGCAGGCAGUUAUCUGAAGUCCAUAACUACUGCAAGUCAGAUGAGAAUUUGACUGGACGAUCUUUGACUCAGGAUUGCUUUCUUCAAAAGUGUAACAGUUCAAAUCCUCUGUGUACAGUGGCAGAGUUCGCACCGCUGUCCCAAAAGAAAGAUCAAAUUGCUGGUUAUCCAAGAGGCAGGAGUUUGUCUGAUGUGGAAAAACCAUGUGGGAAUGGUGAUUUCAAGUUGUUUGGUACAAUACUCAGUCAUCCCUCUGCACAGAAUAUGGAUUCCAUUUCUAUUACUCAUGAGAAUGAUGAGAAGGGGAUUCAUCAUCCUAGACAGAGUAGCAAGACUUCAAAUCUUAAAUUCACCAGCCGUCCCAUUGCAGAUGGAAGUACAGGUGUCCUGCAGUUUGACCGAAACAAUUAUAUGGGGGGCCUUGAGAAUGUUCCCAUUAGCAGUUAUGGCUUCUGGGAUGGGAAUCGAAUACAAACUGGUUUUUCAGCGUUGCCUGAUUCUGCUCAUUUGCCGUCUACGUAUCCUGCUGCAUUUGCCAAUUAUCCGGAUUCCACAUCUAAAAUGGUCCAGCAAUCAUUGCAGGCUGUUAUUAAGAACAAUGAACGAAUUGUGAAUGGUGUUUCAAUCUUCUCUCCUAGGGAGAUAGGAGCUGCUAAUGGACUAUUGGAUUAUCAGCUGUACAGGAGUCCUGAUGGUACUGAAGUGCAUCCAUUUGCAGUAGAUACGAGGCAACGGCGUGAAGCAUUGCUUGCUGAGUUACAAAAACGAAAUGGUUAUGAAGCAGUCUUGAAUUCACAGCAGCAGCAAGGAAGGGCGAUGGUGGGGAUGAAUGUCGUGGGAAGAGGAGGAAUCCUUGUUGGGGGACCUUGCACAGGUGUUUCUGAUCCUGUAGCUGCGAUCAAGAUGCAUUAUGCCAAAACCGACCGGUAUGGUGGCCAUGGUGGUAUCGCCAGGGAGCAGGAUUGGAGAGGCAAUGGGGACGUAGGCAGGUAGUAGGAGUGCAGAGGGCCACUUAAGGAGGCCCUCGUCGGCAAAUAUCUUGUUUUGCCGUUAUCCUGUAUUAUAGUUUUUGUAUUGUUCAACGGAAUGAAUGAUAGGGCAUUAGAAGGUUCUCAAGUUUUUUGGCAAGAUAUGUUAGGUGCUUGUAGCAUUUACUGCAGGCAGCUUUGUAUUUGUUGUAUCUGAGAUUAAAAAAAAAUACUGAAUAAUCUGCCAAAAAAAUUGGGAGCAAUAUUAGUUAGUUAUACUCCAUU